AUGCGCCAUCACAAUUCCUAUGAGACAGCUGUUGUUGGCUGUCAACAAUGCAUGCACGCCUAUUCAGAGCGCGCCUGGGCACGACUUUCACCUCGAGAGCAAAUGCCAAAGAAGCGUCGAUCACAGAUUCUCGGCCAUAUUACUGCUUUCGACCACAUCUAUGCCAUUAAUAUCUACGAAUCUAUUAAGCGCGCGACAGAGUCGACAAUAUCGUGGCUAGUGGAAACGGCGCUUGACCGCGGUUGCAACGUGCAAUUGCUUCCCGACAGCGAACCGCGAGCCCCUCAUGCAAAGCCACCAAAGAAAUCUCAACUCAAGGAAAAGGUUCGAAAGGAGGCGAAGGAUGCAGCGAAGCCUGCAGCGAAGGUUGCAGGACCCAUGUCGCAAAGCGCGAGCCCACGUAUUGUCUCAGAGCAAGAGAUCAUUCGACUCGCCAGCCUUCUGCAGGAGCAACAAGAGGAACUGGUGGUUCCGAAACGUUUCCUGACGGACAUGCGCCGUGCCUUUCUAGGUCGCCGCCUCUUCGCGGACAAGUACUCACGGGAAGAGCCAGAUAGUCCUGGCAACGCGCCGCACGCCCACUUUGCUGAGGUACUUGGAAAGUUAGUUGGAGUAUUGGAGCCGCUUCUUUGCGUCAAGUCUGCAAGUGGUGUCAUCGAAGCUGCCAACGUCGACGUGGGUGCCAAGUUCCUUGAUUCGUUUGACGUGCUUGCGCUACCCAAUAAUGAGCAAGAAAAGAACGACGGUGCUCCAGGCGAUGCGGCCUUUGUCGCUGACGCCGCCAAAUCAGCUCCAACUUCGUCUCUAGACCCGCCGCCCGUUCUGUAUUCGACAGAGGUCAAUGACGCUGAAGAGUUGCAGCUUCAAGAUAUACGUCAAAGAGGCUACAAGCUUUGUCCUCAGCAUCUGGUCCCCGUACUUCGCAAACCGUGGAUAUCGUCUGGAUCUUGCUGUGGCAACACUGGUCACCGAAAUUGCCUUGGCCAAGCUUGA